CAAGGGCCCUCUCAGACAACAACACCACCACACCAACACACCACUUUCCUGCACUCUCUCCUACGCAAACUUGCUUCCUCUUUUCAGACAAAUAACCCUCCCUACGAUACCUCCACAUAUUCUCCAGCCAUGGAUCAAAUCAGGGCGAGAAUGGCGGCGCUCCGUUUGGAGGCCGACGACAGUGCCGCGAAAGCCGAAGAAUACAAGAUGAAGCUGAAGACGUUGGAGACGGAGAACAUGCAGAAGGAGCAGGAAAUCACCUCGUUGUCACACAAGAACCAAGUCCUCGAGAGCGAGGUGGAGAAGCUCGAAGAGUCAGUUAAAAAAUUCAAAGGCGAAGCCGAGUCGGGAGCGCAAGCCGGAGGCCAGGCCGACAGCAUGCAACGCAAAAUCCAGUUACUCGAAGAAGAGGCUGAGGAGUCUGACAGAACCAUCCGUGAGCUGAACGAGAAACUCCGCCAAACCGACGUUAAAUCCGGCCAUUACGAACGCAAAGUGCAAGCCCUCGAGCAGGCACGCGACCAGUGGGAAUCCAAGUAUGAAGAGAUGGCUAAGAAAUACGCCGAUAGCCAGAAGGAGCUCGACACCUUAGCCAUUGAUAUUGGUAACAUCUAAUCUCUAAGUCAUACUUCUCCUUCUUGGUGAUUGACGCAUGUGUCAGUGAACAGCUGAGUGGGCAUGGUCAAUCGGAUCUUGGUUGGGCGUGUGGACAUCGAAUCGGGCGGCGGAAACCCCCUUUACACUGCAUAUCUCUUUGUUUCUUCGUGGCUGGCUUGAGAGGAUGACAGGACUGUACGCUUCAGAGACUCUUUCUUAAGCGCUACAAAUACAUUGUUGGAAGUUCGUCCCCUAACCUGUUGGCACAUGCCUGACUGGUGCUGGUGAUCUGCCGUCAAGACUUUUGGAGGCCAUAUUAGGACACCACCAACACGCAUUCAAGCACGUAUUGGUUUGGUGCCGGUUAACCGCUGCUCAAACGUCUCUCGAAAUAUCACUUCGAAACAACCAUAGAAUCAUAGCGGGUUAUUCGAAAGUCUCAUAGCUGGGUAU